AUGCCUGCACCAGUUUUGGGAGUUGUUGCACUUGCUGCGCCUCCUCCUCCAUAUCUGUCUGUGGUGUUGCUUGGAAUGUUUGAUUGUGAAUCAAGAUGCUUUGGGUCCAAAGUGCUUCUAUCUGAUGAGCUACUUUAUUGUUCUCUUAUCUUGCACACACUGGCGCCACAAAUUGCUGCAAAGCUUCUGGCAACACCUGCUCCCCUGCUCACUACUACUUGCCCCCAGAAAAGCAAGAACAAAAAUAUAUUCCUCAGAGAAACACUGCCUGAAAUCAACCAAGACACCGAUGCCAAUGACGCCGUGAAAGUGCUGGAUUUGGAAUCUACUUAA